AUGACCAUGAACAGACUCAUCUUGCAGCUUCUACAGGAGUCUGUUCAGUGCCCUUCACCUCCCAGUGCCUCUCUAGAGGAUGACUCUGGAGAAGCCUCCUCUCAGAACACGGUGUCCAGCCAUGAAAAGCGAGGGGCCCCCAAGAAGCAAAAGGCACCCCAGUCUCUAGCCAGCAUGCCUGUUCCUGAUGAUCAGGAUGCUUAUGAGGAGAUUGUACGUCUGCACCAAGAGAGAGGCCGGCUCAUACAGAAGAUCAAGGGACUGGAACAGCACAAGGAACGAAGGAGAAGGGAGCCCCUGGAAGAAGAGGCCAGCUCAGUGCACAGUCUGGAGAGGCAGGUGCAAGAGCUGCAGCAGCUGCUGGGGGAGAAGCAAGAGGAGAAGGACAACCUGGGCUGGGAGGUGGAGAGCCUGCAGAGCCACCUUUCCCUGCUGGAGAAUGACAGAGAGAACACCAGCUAUGAUGUAGCCACCAUGCAGGACGAGAAGGGGCUCUUCCUGACCCUGCCAGGAGCCGAGGCUGUGUUGUCAAUGCCCCUUCGUCAGUCAGCUGAGGAGCUGGUGGCAUCCAUUCAAGAGCAGGUGGCUCAACUCACCAGGCAGAACCAGGAGCUGCUGGAGAAGGUCCAGAUUCUUGAGGAGUUUGAGAAGGACAAGGUGCAGAUGGCAGAAGACAGUCAGCCUGAGGUAUUCCCUCUGUUCUUUUACGGCUCCCUGAGGGCAGAGCUAGAGCAGCUCCAAAUGCAGCAUGAAGAAGACAUACAUGCUCUGCAGCAGCAGCAGGACGUGACCAGAGGCCAUGGGGCAGAAGAGAAAGCACACAAGGAGAGCAAGGACAAGGGCACCACCUCCCAGAAUGGACCCAGUUUCCCAGAGCUCAAGGGCACCACAUAUCCAGAAACCACAGCCAACGGCACUGGACCCCAAGCCGGAGGCUUCAGUGGGCAUUGGAACACAGAAGCCAGUGCCUCAGUAGUGGCACCCAUGGAGCUGGAGUCUGUAGGUUCAGAGGUCACAGGGAGAGAUGGAGUGGCAGUGGAGGUCAUGGACACUAGAACAACCAUGGCUCAGGCCCUAGAGGUGAAUGCUGGAAGUGACCUUGUGGUGGCAGAAGUCACAGGAGUGGAGGAGAAUCUGGGAAUGAAGGCUAAUGGAGAGCAUGUGGUGCAGGAUGGGCUCACAGGGACAGGGAUUAGAAACAUGGAGGCCACGGUAGUGAAAGCCUCAGAAUUGCAGGAUACCGGAGUUCAGGCCACAGGAGCAGAGGCUGUGGCAGUAAAGACCAUGGGAGUGCAGGCCACAAUGGCAGUGGUCAUAGGAGUGAAGGUGACAGGAGAUCAGGUCACCGUGAUUGAGGACAUAGAAGUAGAAGCCACUGGGGUGCAGGCCACCAUGACAGAGGCCAAUGGAGCUGAGGCUACGUGUGCCCAGCUGGCCACGGCUGAGCAGCAACUCCAGGGGCUUCAUACAGAGGCUGAGAGGGCACGCCAGGCCCAGAGCCAUGCCCAGGAGGCCCUGGACAAGGCCAAGGAGAAGGACAAGAAGAUCACAGAACUGUCCAAAGAAGUCUUCAAGAAGGAGUCUCUGAAGAUGCAGCAGACAGCCCCUGCAGGUUCCCAGGAGGAAGCCCUGCAUGCCCAGGUGGCAGCCAUGCAGCAGCAGAUGAAGGAGCGAAAGGCCCUGGAGCAUGGUGCUUUGGAGACUCUAUACCAUACUCAUCUCCUGUAUGCCAUGCAGGGAGAGAUGGAUGAGGACAUGCAGUACAUCCUCAGCCAGAUCCUGCAGAUGCAGUGGCUGCAGGCUCAGGGCUGCUGA